ACAGAGCCUCAGUCUGUCGUGGGGCGCUGGCGGUCGCUGUCGCGCAAACACAUCAGACUGCAGCAAGAAGAUGCCUUCGAACACGAAAGGCAGUCCCUGCACACCUCCCUGUCCUUCGUUAGAGCUAUUUUACAGAUCGCUGGUAUCUCCAUUCAAUGUACGGAUACAUUGAACAAGAUAAAUGACAAGAUCCGACUGAUCGACACGAAAACAUUAGAGCUGAACAAGCUCAUUAACGAGGAGGUGGUCUCGUGUCACUUUGAGCCCAUUGUUGCCGCGACCGGAGAUGUGUUCUACCCCGUAAUGAUGGAGGAUGAA